GGACGGGACUGUUUAUUGGUGAGUGAUAAGGAGCCAAAUGAAAAGACAGUUCUUUGAGGGAAGCCUGGGGUUGUUGGGGGGUGGAGCAGCGUGUUUAUGUAUUAGCAUAGGGUAAAUCCAGAUGCCUCUUGGCACUAUGGAUACGCAAGCAGCUGAAAGCAGGGCAAACAGGAAGGCUACCUAGGAGCUUCCUGGCAUGGUUUCUUCUUCUAAUUGCAUGUAGCUCAGAGAUCUGAGUGAGUGACCAGGGGAGAGGUCUGAUGCUAGCAACUGUUCAGCACAAACACGUUCUAAAGUAUUAAUGGUGCCCAGUAGGACCAGGAAGAGUCUGCGCGAUUUUCUGAAAGCCAGGAAAUAGCGGGAGCUGCCUGUACCGGGAUAAAACCCACCUGGGAGGUUUCUGAACUUGUUCAUGGCUGGAUUUUUAAAAAAUAUAUUCAAGAUUUCCUGUUAUGAAAUGUCUUAAAUCUUGAUAGGUAUUAACGACUUUAUCAAAGAGAUCCUGGGAAGGGCCAAUACUUUUUGCAAAUAAUUCCCGAAUAUAUAAAAUAAUUUUUAUAUUGGGAAUGUUUGUUAUAUCUUAUGUUUUAUGCCAGCGUGGCUUCAUUCAUACAGAUGAACCAAGCAUUGGGAUAGCAGUAUAAAAUUAGAAUCAGACAGCUGACUGCUCAGCAGGAUGCCAUCAACUAACAGAGCAGGAAGUCUAAAGGACCCUGAAAUUGCAGAGCUCUUCUUCAAAGAAGAUCCGGAAAAGCUCUUCACAGAUCUCAGAGAAAUCGGCCAUGGGAGCUUUGGAGCAGUAUAUUUUGCACGAGAUGUGCGUACUAAUGAAGUGGUGGCCAUCAAGAAAAUGUCUUAUAGUGGAAAGCAGUCUACUGAGAAAUGGCAGGAUAUUAUUAAGGAAGUCAAGUUUCUACAAAGAAUAAAACAUCCCAACAGUAUAGAAUACAAAGGCUGCUAUUUACGUGAACACACAGCAUGGCUUGUAAUGGAAUAUUGUUUAGGAUCUGCUUCAGAUUUACUAGAAGUUCAUAAAAAGCCAUUACAAGAAGUGGAAAUAGCAGCAAUUACACAUGGUGCUCUCCAGGGAUUAGCUUAUUUACAUUCUCAUACCAUGAUCCAUAGAGAUAUCAAAGCAGGAAAUAUCCUUCUGACAGAACCAGGCCAAGUGAAACUUGCUGACUUUGGAUCUGCUUCCAUGGCCUCACCUGCCAAUUCUUUUGUGGGGACACCAUAUUGGAUGGCCCCAGAAGUAAUUUUAGCCAUGGAUGAAGGACAGUAUGAUGGCAAAGUUGAUGUAUGGUCUCUUGGAAUAACAUGUAUUGAAUUAGCCGAGAGGAAGCCUCCUUUAUUUAAUAUGAAUGCAAUGAGUGCCUUAUAUCACAUAGCCCAAAAUGAAUCCCCUACACUACAGUCUAAUGAAUGGUCUGAUUAUUUUCGAAACUUUGUAGAUUCUUGCCUCCAGAAAAUUCCUCAAGAUCGCCCUACAUCAGAGGAACUUUUAAAGCACAUGUUUGUUCUUCGAGAGCGCCCUGAAACAGUGUUAAUAGAUCUUAUUCAAAGGACAAAGGAUGCAGUAAGAGAGCUGGACAAUCUGCAAUAUCGAAAGAUGAAGAAACUCCUUUUCCAGGAGGCACAUAAUGGACCAGCAGUAGAAGCACAGGAAGAAGAGGAGGAGCAAGAUCAUGGUGUUGGCCGGACAGGAACAGUGAAUAGUGUUGGAAGCAAUCAGUCUAUCCCCAGUAUGUCUAUCAGUGCCAGCAGCCAAAGCAGCAGUGUUAAUAGUCUUCCAGAUGCAUCGGAUGACAAGAGUGAGCUAGACAUGAUGGAGGGAGACCAUACAGUGAUGUCUAACAGUUCUGUCAUCCACUUAAAACCUGAGGAGGAAAAUUACCAAGAAGAAGGAGAUCCUAGAACAAGAGCAUCCGAUCCGCAGUCUCCACCUCAAGUGUCUCGUCACAAGUCACAUUAUCGUAAUAGAGAACACUUUGCAACUAUACGAACAGCAUCACUGGUUACAAGGCAGAUGCAAGAACAUGAGCAAGACUCUGAACUUAGAGAACAGAUGUCUGGUUAUAAGCGGAUGAGGCGACAGCAUCAAAAACAGCUGAUGACUCUGGAAAAUAAACUGAAGGCAGAGAUGGACGAACACCGCCUCAGAUUAGAUAAAGAUCUUGAAACUCAGCGUAACAAUUUUGCUGCAGAAAUGGAGAAACUUAUUAAGAAACACCAAGCUGCUAUGGAAAAAGAGGCUAAGGUGAUGGCCAAUGAGGAGAAAAAAUUCCAGCAACACAUUCAGGCUCAACAGAAAAAAGAACUGAAUAGCUUUUUGGAGUCUCAAAAACGAGAAUAUAAACUUCGAAAAGAGCAGCUUAAGGAGGAGCUGAAUGAAAACCAGAGCACACCUAAAAAAGAAAAGCAGGAAUGGCUUUCAAAGCAGAAGGAGAAUAUACAGCAUUUUCAGGCAGAAGAAGAAGCUAAUCUUCUUCGCCGUCAGAGGCAGUAUCUAGAGCUAGAGUGUCGUCGCUUCAAAAGAAGGAUGUUGCUUGGGCGGCAUAACUUGGAGCAGGACCUCGUCAGGGAGGAGUUAAAUAAAAGGCAAACUCAGAAGGACUUGGAGCAUGCAAUGCUGCUGCGACAGCAUGAAUCCAUGCAAGAACUGGAGUUUCGCCACCUCAACACUAUUCAGAAGAUGCGCUGUGAGUUGAUCAGAUUGCAGCAUCAAACUGAGCUCACUAACCAGCUGGAGUACAAUAAGAGAAGGGAACGGGAACUAAGGCGAAAACAUGUCAUGGAAGUUCGACAACAACCUAAGAGUUUAAAGUCUAAAGAACUCCAAAUAAAAAAGCAGUUUCAGGAUACCUGCAAAAUUCAAACCAGACAGUACAAAGCAUUAAGGAAUCACCUGUUGGAAACUACACCAAAGAGUGAGCACAAAGCUGUUCUGAAAAGACUCAAGGAGGAGCAGACUCGGAAGUUAGCCAUCUUGGCUGAGCAGUAUGAUCAUAGCAUUAAUGAAAUGCUCUCCACACAAGCUCUGCGUUUGGAUGAAGCACAGGAAGCAGAAUGCCAGGUUUUGAAGAUGCAGCUGCAGCAGGAACUGGAGCUGUUGAAUGCAUAUCAGAGCAAGAUCAAGAUGCAGGCUGAGGCCCAACAUGAUCGAGAGCUUCGAGAGCUGGAACAGAGGGUCUCUCUUCGCAGGGCACUCUUAGAACAAAAGAUUGAAGAAGAGAUGUUGGCUUUGCAGAAUGAACGCACAGAACGAAUACGUAGCCUGCUCGAGCGUCAAGCCAGAGAAAUUGAAGCUUUUGACUCUGAAAGCAUGAGAUUAGGUUUUAGUAACAUGGUCCUUUCUAAUCUCUCCCCUGAGGCAUUCAGCCACAGCUAUCCAGGAGCUUCUAGUUGGUCUCACAAUCCUACUGGGGGUCCAGGACCUCACUGGGGUCAUCCCAUGGGUGGCACACCACAAGCUUGGGGUCAUCCGAUGCAAGGUGGACCCCAACCAUGGGGUCAUCCCUCAGGGCCAAUGCAAGGGGUACCUCGAGGUAGCAGUAUGGGAGUCCGCAAUAGCCCCCAGGCUCUGAGGCGGACAGCUUCUGGGGGACGGACGGAACAGGGAAUGAGCAGAAGCACGAGUGUCACUUCACAAAUAUCCAAUGGGUCACACAUGUCUUACACAUAAUAAUUGAAAGUGGCAAUUCUGCUGGAGCUGUCUGCCAAAAGAAACUGCCUACAGACAUCAUCACAGCAGCCUCCUCACUUGGGUACUACCGUGUGGAAGCUGUGCAUAUGGUAUAUUUUAUUUGUCUUUGUAAAGCGUUAUGUUUUGUGUUUACUAAUUGGGAUGUCAUAGUAUUUGGCUGCCGGGGUUUUUGUGGUUGGCUUUUUGUUUUUAACUUUUGGAAAAAUUUUAAAGUGGAAAUACAUAAAUAUUUCAUGUAUGUGGCAAAAAUUGGCUUAAUAGAAGGGGUAUUAUCUGAACAAUAUAAAAAUAAAAUGAAGCAAACUAAUCUGAAUCAUCACUUUAGGGUAUCCAAAGCCUAAGAAAUUUGUUGGAAGAUCUAAAGCCUUCCUUCAUAUUCCAAAUUCUGUGAGUCACUGACAGCAGGCAGCAUCCAUGCUGAAACACAUUCUUACUGAAAUAUACCUCCACUCCUUACCAGUGUGUUUGCUUUAUUUAUGAAUUGAUCUGAUUUCUCAACCUCAUUCGGACUAAAAAUCAGAAGGCCAUGAACAUUAAAAGAUUGCAUUUACCUUUUCAGUGGUAGAAAAUCAUCUAGUUCUUUUCUACAAAUUCAGAAAUUUGUCAGAUUUUGUAGGUUGUAUCAUGAUCAGAUGGAGUUGCUUAAGGAGAUCAUAAGUUGUGUGGCUAUUGCACUAACAAGUCAGUGAGCUUUCAGAGGGAAAACUAGAGGGCCAGAGGAGCCCCUGAAAGUUUCUGAUAGGAAUGUUCAGCAGGGAGAAGGAGGUAAAGCCUGUGUAACCUGACAUCUUGUUUUGUUUCUUGUAUAAUAUCUCAUCUGACCCAAAUCAUAAGACCCCAAACAGUACCUUUGCGUUGUACAAAAAUGAAGACAUACAGCCAACAUAAAGCAAAUGCUGAGGUAUUGAAUGAUGCCAUAUUUGUGAGCUGCCAUCCAUUAGAAUAUUCAUCACACUACAUAGACAUAGUUUUAUUAUCCCCUUUUUUUGCUUAUGGGAUUUCCUGUUUACAAGUAGCAAUAGUCAAUUAUUUAAAUACUUAGUUGCCACCAGGAGUCACUGAGCCAAUGACUACCAGCUGCUGACUAAUCUUCACACUGUAGUUAUUGCUUCAUUUGCAGGUACUCUGUGCUUAAUCGCUGUUUUUGUUGCUGUAGUACCUUCUUACAAAUUCUUAAUUCAUUGAGACUUAGUGACCAUCUGGGUCCAUGUUAAUAUCACAUAAUUGCAAAUUCCCUUUCAGAAGUCUCUAGCUUUAGUGCUGAAAUACUACUGAGAAAGAAACUAGGUAGUUUGGUGAGUGAAAGAAAACAAAAGUUGAAAAUACUAUGUAGUGGUCAGGGACCACCUACAUUUGGGGAGUGUGUUUUGUCUGUUCUUCAAUGAAGGAUCAAUCCAGUGUUCUUCAUCAAUGUUAGUUAAUAUCCCAUUGCUUGUGUGGCGCUUGAGUUGGUGGUAGACUAGGGCCAAUGCCUUCUUUUAGUGAGAGACCAGAGGUUUUUUAUAAGUUAUUGUCCCUUUUCAUUUGUCUUGAAGAGCUCUUGCUACUAACUCUGGAUCCUGCUUUUCAUUUAGGUAGACGGGAAGCAUUCUCUUAAUUAUAAUUAGAACAAUCUAGUGACCAAAUUGUCAUCCGCUACUAUGGAAGUUCUUGGUUUUCUUAACCACAUUUUAUGUCUGGUCCAGGUACGUCAGUCCAGUCUCCAUGACUUACCCCCUUCAGAAGUUUCUGACAUUGGUUUGAGGAUUUAUGACACUAAUUAAAAGAAAAAUUAGAUCAGGGUGUGGUAGCAAAUGCCUACAAUCCCAGCAUUUAGGAAACAGGGAUAGGAAUCUCAGGUUCAAGGCUGCCUUCGGGUGUCUCAAAAAAGGAAGAACAAAAGAAAGGUAGAUGCUGUUAUAUAGAUCCUUUGAAAAUCCAACAGAAGGUUCAUAGUAUUCACACACACUUGUAGGCACAGUUUUAAACAUAUUCUCUAUCAGUUUUUAGGUAAACGUAUAUUUGCUGUGGCUAAUGAAAAGGGCUUUUCUUUUCAUUUUUUUUAAUUCAAAAUACUGUUAAAGAUUUUCAAACAAAUUGAAAAUUCUAUAUGUUUGGAGGAAAUAAGGGAAAGCUUUACAGUUUUAAUAGGCUAAAACUAUAAAAGAAUACUAUCUUUUAAAACUUCUGGCAACUAUCUGCUACCAGAGGGGUUAGAUUGAGAAAGCAGGUAAGAUAUGUGCAAGACAUUUCUUCAAACUCCAAACUACUACCAGAAACACAUUUUAUCACCCAGUGUGAGCAUCACUUGGUCAAAUUUAGUUACUGAGUCCAUUUGAUCAUAAUGCACUCUUACUAGUGUGAUUGAAUACUGACUAUCUGUCCUGUCCAAUAAGGAUUUCUGCCUCAUCUAAUCAUAUGGCACCCAGUUUUUCUAUGUAGCUCAUUAUACCUGAAUUAUACCAUCAAUUUAGUUAAAAUGCAUGUAGUUUGCACAAUGAUUAAAAUGACUAGGUUUGUGUUUGUAACCUAUAGUAACUCAAGAAGAAUCAUGUACACAGCAGGAAUUGUCACAGUAAAAACUGGUAGCAGGAAAAUUUGAAAGGAUUUGAAAUGCCCUGAAAUUAGGGCAGGUACUUUAUGGGAAAAAAAAAAAAAAGCAAAAAUGUCAACAUUUGACCAAAUUAACACUACCUCCUCCCCAGUUAUUGGUAUUCACUUAUAUGUACAUGUGUUUAAGAAAAUGAAAGCAUGGAGAACUUGUGUAGCACACCAGAAGUUGUGGUUCUAUAUCUGGUAUCCAGAACCUGACAGGGAAACGUUUCUUGUUCUCCCUUUUUUUUGGUCAGCAUUUUAAAAAUGCAAAGCCUCAUAUGUUGAGACAUUUUAUUCCUAAUUAGAGUCCCUGCCCUUUGCACAUAACUUUUCUUUUAAACUUAGUUCUAACCCUAAAUGUUGACAUCAGAAAGUGUUUGCACUGUAUAAACAAUGUUAGCUGAAAGCAUGUUUAUUUUUAAAGAGCUCCUGCUCUCUUCUGCACAUUUCCGUAUCUAGAAAUGAAUAGUCCUGAAUUUGAGGUCACACCCACAGGUGAAACACAGCCUGAAGUCAAGGCCUUGCUAAUAAAUGGAGCUUUGUACAUAGUCAUGAUUUUUUGGCUGCCUGGACAUCAAGUAAACAUAACACUAUACAUAACAUAACACAUAAAGAAACUGUCCUGGAGAUCCCAUCCUGCUACUAAUAAUUUUUCUGUACAUCCUUUUCAAAAAUUGAAAACUUUUUAGAUCAUAAGGCAGAAUUAGUAAUUUUGUGCUUUUGUAAAUGUUUAGCAUUUUAAACAUAGAAUACAUUGUUUUGGACACUGGAAUAAUAUGAUUUAUUUUCACCUGUAAAAAUGACUUCAUUGUACUUGAACACCUUUGCAUUUCUCCAUUUGUGCCAUUUACAAGUGGAAAUAAAUUGUAUUAUACCAUGAUCUACUGGCGUUUUAAAACUGUUACAUGUGCACAUUUGGGGUAUAGCUAUUUUCAUUUGUAUGUAUAUAUUGUAUAUACAUAUGAGUAUCUAUAUGUAUGUAUAGAUGGAUUGAUAUAACUCAUUCUAAACAUGUCUGCCAGGGCUCAAAUUUUAUUGUUCCCAUGCCCCGCCCCAUGUUACAGCAAGACUGUGUGUGGUUUUAAAGAGUGAGCACUCUGGGUUGAUACUUAUGAGAAGGUGAUGAGUAGCUGCAGUCUUUUUUUCCCCCUUAGCACUUGUAUGGGUAAGGAGAAAGUUAAGUAAAAUAUGAUACUAUAAAUUACAAUGCAGUAAAAUUGUGCUAGGGAAGGAGCCAGUUAUUGUUUCUUUAAGUUUGUUUUACAAUGCAAUAAAAGAUACAAGCUACAGAGAAAAAUGAACUCUGCAAUGAUCACUGGGAAAGAAAGCAUACUGGUUUGAAGGACUGUCUCCUUCUAACUUAUCUUCUUGUUGCUAAUAGUAAAUUCUUUAUGCACCUUCCACCACUUCUGAGCCAUUACUAUUCAAGCAGAGAUUUGGUCUAACACCACACACCUUUCUUUUGCUUUUCUUUUGAGACGUGUACCCUUUCUGAUUGCAUAAUUGAUGUUUAGCCAAGGCUGGCCUCCAAUCCCUAGCAGUCUUUCUGUAAGCCUCUCAAGUACUGGGAUUACAGGCAUAAACCAUCCAUAGCCACAGCAACCCAUUCUUUUGGAGGUUUUAUAGUUCUGCAUUUGUCUCAUGUUCAGAAUGUGAAGUGUCCUAAUGUGUAUUAAAGUCAAAAAAAUAAUAUAUUUAAGGUAUACUAAGUAUGAAUCUGCUAUAAUGAUGAAAGAAAUUCUCACUUCUUAAAUAGAGUCUUCUCUCAAGGAGCAUUGGGCUGUCAUCUUUGAGCUGCUUAUCAAAAUAUAAUACAGAUAUUAUUGAAUAUAAACAAAUUCUGUUUUUAUUUUGUCCCUAAUAACAGAAGUCAACCUUCCAUGGUUUUAGCAUUGCCUUUUUUAAAAGGCACUCACCCUGAGUUGUUAAGAACUGGAAAUUUCCCACCCUCAGAUUCCUUAAAGGAUGAAGAGUGUGUUUACACUCAGCAUAUGUGCCUCUUGUAUGCAAGGACUACUGAUUGAAGUCUGUUUUGCUGUGUCUGGUUAUGUUGUCUGCACUUUUAUGAAAUCACUACAGUAGAUCUACGUUGGAAAUAACUAUUAAUUUGUAAAGAAAUUUUUAUUAAACACUGUAGAAAAAGUGAAGCUGAGAACUCUUGUGCAUUUAUAUUUCCUACUGAAUUCUGGUAGCCCACUUUUAAAGUUGUAUUGACUUUUUUUUCUCUUUGAUUAUAUUCAGAUUUCCAAACAUGUGCUGGCCUUUAGAUCAUAAAUAUAAGAAAUAUGCAUCAUAUCUGCCUAUUGCAGGCUUCUGAAACUUGCACUGCUCAUCCAUGCAAAAAUAAAUAUCUUAAGAAAUAGAAGCAGAGAACAAAAACUGGGGAGCCAUGUACUAUGUCACCACAUCUGUUAACUGUUUCCAGCAAUCCAAACUGAAGUGUGGCUGUGUGUGUGUGUGUGUGUGUGUGUGUGUGUGUGUGUGUGUGUGUGUGUGUGUGUUGGGGGUUUUGCUUUGCUUUUAAAUAUACAAGGGGUGGUUCUUUAAAUAGAGGAAAAGUUAAUCCUUCCAGCAGGAUGCCCACUGGAUAUAAUAUUAACAUCUGUAGGUAGUUGGAAGUAGAGAGAAGGUAAGACUUCUCAAGGAAUGAAAAAGGGUGUCUUGAUGCUCAAGAAUCCCCACCCUCCAAAGUACGGGUAAUUUAACCUGCACAGUUUCCUUUUCACUUGUAGUUUAACAAUUAUGAGUGAAAAAUCAUGUAAUUAUCUGUAAAUAUGUAGCUAACAAAUUGACCUAGUUUCUGUACUUUUUUGGUUUUGUACUAAAGUUUAUAGGUCUGUGCCAGCUAGAGAGAAGUUGCUGUCAUUGCUAGUUUUGCUUCUAGCAUAUAACCCUGAGACCAUCCUAGGUGACAUUUUAGAGUUAAUGCUUAAGUGUUGUUAAAUGGGGACAUGGAGAUUAAUCAUUGGUCAGGUUUGAAAUCUUUUGAAGCUAAGUAAUUUUAUUUAAUAUGAUUACAUGUCGUCAGUCAUGAGUGAGGUGUAGGGAGGCCCCCUCCCCCAGUGGCCAUGUUUACAGAGUGUUGUCUAUAAAGUGCAAGUGUGUUAAUGUUUAUGUAAAUUAUGCAGGUGAUAACUAUGGUUUGGGACUGUUUAUGGGCUCUUUUAACUGAAUUUUCAAAUGAGAUGAACUAUGCUUAUUGCUGGCACAUUGAUCCCACUUCUGGAGCAUCAUCUACUUCCAGAAUUCCGUAUGUUCCUUAGACAUUACCCCCACUUGACCUCCCUUCCUCUGAUAUGCCUUGUAGCUAAGAUUUAAAAGACUGUUGAACAUAGAUGAGGGGAAUGCAUUUCUUAAAAAUUCAUGAACCCUCAAUUGUAUGCUUUCAGUAUUGUGUUAUAUGUUUCUAUGGCAACUUUGAAGUCAGUGGUUUAGAAAUGAGAUACCAAUGUUAAUGAAAAGUAUGUACUCUUUGCUUUUGCAUGGCUUGGCUUAGUAUCCAAGGUAUAUUAGAGCCACUUGAAAGCAUGAAGACCAGUUAUAUGGAAACAGGUUUCUCUCAGUGGCACACUUUGCUUUUUCUUAGCCCUCGAAUACAUUGCCUCGGCAUGAACAUUAUUGUUAAUAUAAACUGCACAUGGUCAUUGAGCAAAUUAUAAAAUUUUGAAAAGAUGCAGCUGCCCAGUAUUUACAGUUUUGGUUGGUCUCUAUCUCAAAUAACAGUGUAGGUAUUGGAACCCUUGUAGCCCUUCUUAGGGUCAAACAGGUAUAUCGGUUUAUCAAGGAAGGCAUUGGCUACCCCUGGGGUAUCGCCAUGCUAUUGUCCUUUGCUGCCCAUUCAGUCCACAUGUGCUGUUGUCCUUCCUUGCACUUCAUACUCUCAAACCAUCACCCUUUCUUCCUAUUUUUUGUCUUUUAUUCCACAUUAAAUGGGAAUUGUGCCUAUUUAGAUUGCCCCUCCAGUUAAAUACACAUGUAAUUCAAGCCAGAGAUAAGAUGGAAGAACAUUUUUUUUCAAGUUCACUUGGCCAGUAAUUGAUCUAACAAACUGUUUCACCACAUUAUCUUGACACUUGAUAGAAGAGCCUAUUCGGAGUCACAGUGGUUGCGUAAGUAGAACCCAAGUGAGGAGGGAUGGGUGGGGUUUUCAUCAGGAAAUAAUUUUGUUCUUGGUUUACUCUUUAAGAUCCUUCUCUGCUAGUUUAGAAUAGGUUAAUUUUUUUUAAUUUUUUAGGGAAAUUUUUACAAAAAUAAUGGUCUGAUGUAAAUACCAUUUUAAAGUACAGUGCACAUAACUCCCUAGGCUGUUCCAACCUAUUUGUAAAUGCUUUAGAAUUUUUAAAUUAACACUUCUGUUGCUAAAUACUAUUUAUGUAAGUCUGAAAAGGUUUUUAACCCAUUUAAAUAAUGCAGGUUAUUAUGAGCAAGUUAGCUCUGAGAGCCCCUCCUUUUAGUCCAUGAGAAAGCCUGGUGCGCAUUAACGAGGCUGGAGAGACUACGAGAAAUAUGUAUAGUGUAUAUUUUAAACAGCUUUGCUUGUAUUGUGAAGAUUUAAGAACAAACUUGAGAUUUUUAAAGUUAACUAUUAACACAGUUUUAACAUAAGUUAUCCCACUGGGUUUAAAAGCAUCUUGAAUGUAUAACCCUUGUGUAACCCAGGCUGGUUUUUGCUUUUACUGAACCAUCCAACGUUAUUUAUAUUUUUAGUUUCAUGUACUCAUUUCCUUUUGUUUUCCUCCAACAGCAUGUUGUUGUUGUUGGGGGUUGUUUUGUUUGUUCUGGGUUUCUUUUCUUUUUUUGCACAUGUAGAAGUUUUUUAAAAGAAGGAAAUUGAUACAUGAUUUUUCUCUAGAUUUCUUUACUUCAGUCUUUCUACUAACCUCUUAAAAGCCAUGGCAUUCCAUUUGCUUUAUUUGUGCAAAUGCCAGGGUUGGUUUUUAUUUUUAUUUUUGCUAUUUACCUAAAAAAGAGAGAGAGAAAGAGAAAGAGACAAUGCUUCAGUCAAUUGCUUUUUUAUUUAAAAUUUAAAGAAAAAAAAAGAAAAAAAAAGCUGUAACCUUAUCGUUUCUGAGUAGACCAUUGAGAGAAACGCACACCUGUCAGCCAGGACCAGCUUUGGUGGCUAAAGGGAAUAUUUUAACUACGCAAGAUGUUCUGUACAAAACGUGGUAUAUGUUAUCCACAGUCUAUUUUAGUUAUUCCCACAAGUCAGGUCCAGAUAAAUGAGGGUUAUCAGCUAACUGAUAUGUUAUCAUUGAGGUUCGUCAAUGAAUUUGUACAUUUCUAGUUCCCUUUGGUGAAGGGAAAAAUGAUUUUGCAAGACCUAGAUUUUGGCUUGGUUUCUUGCCUCCUUUUUUGGCAGCCUUCGUCUUUUCCUAAAGCCCUUGAGCCUGUAGGGUUUUCAGAGUGGACAGAGGACUUAAAUGGUCUUUUAAAACUGAGAUAGUUUGGGGGAAAGGGCAAGAGAUGAUCAUAUUGAACAUACAGUAUCCUAAUACUUUUAACAGUGGAUAAUUUUGAGUAAACCUGGUCCUUUCAAUUUUAGACUAAACAGAUGCCCACAGUGGAGGCUUACCAAAGGUUGCAAUGAGGAAGAAGCCUCUCCCUCUCUGUCAGCACCAGCUGGUAAAGGUGACUGUGCAGAUGUGCAUUUUCCUUUUGGUAGAAAUGGUCCACAGCACUAACUGGUAAGGCUUAUUGUACAGUAUAUUGUCAGUAUUCUUCUGGUUCAGCAUACCUUAUAGUUCGUAUAUAACCUGUAUUAAUUGUAUAGAUUGUGCAUUUAAAGCUGUUACCAAGUUGUCAGAACCUUAAGAACGAAAACAGGUCAUAUGUAAUAUUUUGUUUGUAAGUAUCCUUUGUACCAUAGCAAAGGAAAUGUUUAAAAGAUCAACUGUAAUAAAAGUAAUUUUAGUACA